AAACUGGGAGAUGGCCUACACCGAGAACGGGGAACUGUACUUCAUAGACACGGCAAAGACUCUCCACCAGGACAUGGCUGUGUGUUUUCAGAGCUUCCACAACACAAAGACCACAUCCUGGCUGGAUCCUCGGUGUAGAGACAAAGCCCCCCGGCCUCUGGAAGAGUGUGAUGAUGAUGAAGAAGGGAUACAUACAGAAGACCUGGAGAGUGAUCUAGAGCUGCCUCCAGGAUGGGAGAGAAUAGAUGACCCGGUGUAUGGAGUGUAUUAUGUUGACCAUAUAAACAGGAAGACCCAGUAUGAGAACCCAGUGUUGGAGGCGCGGCGUCAAAAAAUCCUGGAACAGCAGCAACCGCCGCAGCCUCCAGAAGGUGAGCGGUAUAUCCGAGAGUGGAUAGAGGAACACUCAUCAGCAGCAGCUCCACUGGCAAGCUAUGCUCCAAACCACCUGGAGACCUACAGGGACCCUCAGGUCCCACCUGCUCUACCUCCUGGCCCUGUUGGAGUUAAGAGAGGGAAACCUUUCUUCACCAGAAAUCCUGCAGAGCUGAAAGGAACCUUCAUCAAUACCAAGUUGAAGAAAAGCCGCCGUGGAUUCGGCUUCACAGUAGUUGGAGGUGAUGAGCCCGAUGAGUUCCUGCAGAUCAAAAGUCUGGUGCUGGACGGGCCUGCAGCUGUGGAUGGCAAAAUGGAGACAGGCGACGUAAUCGUCAGUGUGAAUGACACCAUCGUGCUGGGCUACACUCAUGCACAGGUGGUGAAGAUUUUCCAGUCCAUCCCUAUCGGCUCAAUGGUGGACCUAUCCUUAUGCCGUGGCUAUCCGCUGCCAUUUGACCCCGAUGACCCCAACACCAGCCUAGUGACAUCUGUGGCGAUCUUGGAUAAAGAGCCAAUCAUUGUCAAUGGACAAGAGACUUUUGACGCACCCACCAAUCAGGCCGGACCCAUCAAUGGAAUGCGAGAGCCACGGCCGCACAGCCCCAUGGCCGAGGUAGCCUCCAAUGGUUCACACGGCUACUCCAGUGAUGUGGUCACCCUGGCUUCAGCCAUUGCCACUCAGCCAGAGCUGAUCACCAUCCACAUGGAGAAGGGAGACAAAGGGUUUGGGUUCACCAUCGCUGACAGUCUGACGGGAGGCGGACAGAGGGUCAAGCAGAUAGUGGACUAUCCAAGGUGCCGUGGCCUGAAAGAGGGGGACAUCUUGAUGGAGGUCAACAAGAGAAAUGUCCAGAAUAUGAGCCACAACCAAGUGGUGGAUCUGCUCAGCAAAUGUCCGAGAGGCAGUGAAGUCACCAUGUUAGUGCAAAGAGAAAACCUGGAGGAAGGACUAUUCACUCAAUCUGCGUGGGCUCAGCUUGGAGUCACCAAAGCCACAGCCUCAGCAGCUCAGAGAAGCGUGGUGCCAGCCAAGAGAAGCCCAAAGCUGGUGCACCAGUUAGAGAGAAAGGACAGUCAGAGCAGCUCCCAGCACAGCGUGUGCAGCCAUCGCAGCGCCCACACUGACUCUCCUAGCCACCCACCCUCUGCCAUGCCCAGUGAGGCGGUGGUCCCAACUCCAGCAGCUCCUACACAGCCUCUGCCGGUCUUGCCCCCCCAGGACCCUGCAGAUGGCACUCUCACCCUCCAGAAGAAGCCAGACCCUUUCAAGAUCUGGGCCCAGUCCAGGAGCAUGUAUGAAAGUCGACUGCCAGAUUGCCAGGAGCAAGACAUUUUCCUGUGGCGAAAGGAUACUGGUUUUGGCUUCCGCAUUUUGGGAGGAAAUGAGCCUGGAGAACCUAUCUACAUUGGGCACAUAGUGAAGUACGGGGCUGCAGAUGAAGAUGGCCGCUUGCGGUCUGGUGAUGAGCUCAUCUGUGUGGACGGCACAGCGGUAGUGGGAAAGUCACACCAGCUGGUGGUUCAGCUGAUGCAGCAGGCUGCCAAACAGGGUCAUGUCAACCUCACGGUCAGACGCAAGACCCCCGGAUACGGAGUGUCAAAGGGAGAAGGUGACGUUCCCCCAUCGCCGGCCUCCUCACACCACAGCAGCACGCAGGCUCCCAGCCUAACAGAAGGCAAGCGGACCCCUCAGGGGAGUCAGAACUCACUGAACACAGUCAGUUCUGGCAGUGGAUCUACCAGCGGCAUAGGCAGUGGUGGUGGAGGCGGCAGCGGGAGCGCUGUGAUUCCGGCCUCUCUGCAGCCUUACGACGUGGAGAUCCAGCGGGGAGAAAACGAAGGAUUCGGUUUUGUGAUUGUGUCGUCCGUCUCCCGGCCUGAUGCUGGCACCACAUUCGGCCGCAUCAUAGAGGGCAGCCCGGCAGACCGCUGUGGGAAGCUGAAGGUCGGGGACCGGAUUCUGGCCGUUAACGGUUGCUCCAUCACGAACAAGUCGCACUCAGACAUUGUCAACCUGAUCAAGGAGGCUGGCAACACCGUCGCGCUCCGGAUCAUUCCGGGCGAUGAAUCUUCCAAUGCUUCUCUGCUGACUAAUGCAGAGAAAAUAGCUACCAUAACCACCACACACACACCUCAGACCACAGAGUUAAGGAAUCAUUCGAAGUCAAAAGGUGCUCCUCCUCCACCUCCUUCACAAACUCAAAUGCAGGACGCCGAGUACUAUUCCGUGGACCUGGAGAGGGACAGCAAAGGAUUUGGCUUCAGUCUAAGAGGAGGCCGGGAGUAUAACAUGGACCUUUACGUGCUGAGACUAGCCGAAGAUGGGGCUGCUGUCAGAAACGGCAAGAUGAGGGUGGGAGAUGAGAUUCUGGAGAUUAACGGUGAGAGCACAAAGAACAUGAAGCAUUCACGAGCCAUUGAACUGAUCAAGAACGGAGGUCGGAGGGCGCGGCUUGUCCUGAAGAGAGGCGAUGGAUCAGUACCUGAAUAUGCGAUGAUGGCUCCUCAUCUCGCUGUUGGUACAUUGAGGAAUGACAAGAUGGGAGAGCCCUGUUUCUACCUAAUGGGCCAAAAUCAGACAACGACGGCAGCAGUGACGGGCACCCUCCCGCACCCAGGGCACAAAACACUCCGGAAGUGAGAACGUUGCCACCAAAAAGUCGAUACCACACCUCAUUGGAGUCCAGUUAUCCACCAGACCUUCACAAACCAUCACGCCUGGAGGAGGCGGCACGUGGCCGAGGUAUGGACAAAAACAGGGACUGGGCUGGCUCGGAUCUGAUGGACUUCCACGGCCGGCAGUUUAAUCCCCAUUAUCAUCACACCUGGAAUAACAGUCACAGUCAAAGUACCCUCCGACAGCAGUCUCCCGACAGCAGCGCUGGCAACAAGAAGAGCCGAGGCCGCAAAGUCAAGAAGUCUGAAUCGGAGAGUGGUAUCUCCAAGCUCCUGAAAACUCUGAGGAAGGACAACUCGGGAAAGAAGGCUGCUGCUGCCGAAAAACUGCGGGGUCGAGAGCUCUCGAGCAGCAGUUCUACCCUGGACAGAAGGUUUCAGUUGCACCGUCAUGGCUCCCUCGACCGCUCACCAACCAGGAAGCGCAACUCGUCACCAGAUCGUCGGCGGGCGAAAUCCAUGGACCGCAGGGCAGAGCGUGCGCACCGGGACCACACACCUGAGAAGGAGUACGAUGAUGGAGGAUUCCUCUCGGUCACCCCUGAGCGGAAACUCCUCGAACGGAAGCUGCUCAAGGAGUCCCAGGUAGCUGGACGAGUGAGCGAGCCGUCCACCCUGGACCGCGUCAACAACAGAGGGGAUUCUUUCCCCAGAGGCCGUGCGUAUGAGAAAGCUACUAAGAAUGGCAAUCUUCUGAGAGACUCUUCCUCGGAGAGGAAGGAGGAGAGACACCGGAUGAAUGGGACAAUGGAGAGGCAAUACAGAUCAGAGCAGGACUCUUCCCCUGACAGCAACUAUAGCCGGGAUGAGCUGAACUAUGCAGCAGCGCCCAGACUGAAGGACUAUUACAGCAUGAUGAAGAACAACGCUGCACACAACAACGCUACCUACAACAAGACAGGACCCAUCAAUAACGCCGGAGGCCGCAGCUCAAACCAGAUCCCUGAGCCCAAGAGAAGGCUGUACAAAGAAAAUUCUAAAGACCUCAGUAUCUAGAGGGAGGAGAGUACCCUCACUGCUCUCUCCUCUGUCUGUGCAAACUACGUAACACACUGGAAUUGGACUUGUAACAAUACUAACUCUUACUCUUUAUUUGGUUGAAUUGUUUAUGAAUUGAUUUGAUUGACUAAACUACUUGUGGUCCCAUCUAGAGAUUUAUAAAAACAGCAGGAGUACAAUCCCUCUAUCAGUUUAUACUGGUUGUGUUGUCAUUGUUCUUGUUAUUUUGAGCAUAACAGAGGUUGUUGUACUGUAGUAAAGGUAUUGUAUGUGCCUGCAUAUGAAAUCAGUGAUAUUGCUUUUUGUAGGCAUUGUUGACUUUAAAUAUUUGUUCCCUUCAAAGGUCUGAAUAAUGCUUCCAUUUGUGGUAAAUCCCAAAUCCUGAGCUUGUUUUUGAAAUUAUUUUAGGUGUCCUUUUCGCUCCUGAAUUACUGACACUAUAGCUACUGAUGGUUCACAAGAACUGUGGAAGUGAAGCAAAGCUCUACAUUUAAAUUGGAUGGUGAAACUAGAGCAUUAAAUUAUAAAUAGUAAUAAUAUAUGAAAUUCCUAAUUUUGCUCUAUUUAUUUUGAACUUCACUCACAUCUUGAGUGAGCUUAAUUAAAUCUUUAAGGGCUGAAGUAGACGUGUAAGCAUGCUGUACUUCAACUUGUUUUGCAUCAUUGUUUGACAGCCCAUAUUAUUCCCAAUAGAAAUAAUUUUCAGUGACUCUGAGGCCCUUUCUACACUAACACAGAUGUUUUCUGCUGUGCUUCCACCUACCAUCCAUAGAGUUUUUGAUUAAAAACUACAUAUAAAAAAGCACUCUAAAGUGAAGAUUUGUAAAAACAUCCUCUCCACUGGAUGUCCAGAAAUUAUAUAGGAAACAAUGACCUAGAGAAACACUUCUCAUAGACCUGUUGCACAUUUCUUUUCUAGAAACCAGGUUAAUUUAAUUAAAUUUUUCUUUUCUUCAAAAGAAGGCAGACGUUAAAGAACAUAGUUCCUAAUUUUUACAGCUUUUUUCUUUCAAAUGCAUUCAGCCUUAUAUCUCACAGUAGAUCUAUUCAUUCCAGAAAAUUUUUUAUAUAUCUAGAGCGGUUUAGCUUGGAUUUGAGUUUUUGGCAAGAAAAAGUGAAGAAUAUAAAAAAAAGUCAAUGUGUGCUAUAAAUGUGUUUACGCUGGAUAUGUGGUGAUUAACCAAAAUUGUGACUUAAAAUCUGACUUAGUAAUUGCCUGCUCUUCCUUUCUGUGGUAAAAACAGUAACAACAGUGGGGUAAUUAUUCUUUCCCACAUCACCCUUGAUUUGUCUGGACUCUCCUCCCAUUCAGCUUCAAAUGUAAGCUGAAGAAGAUCUGAGGGCAAAGGAUAAACUCAGUGAAAGGAUUAUUAUUUUUAAAUUGUCAUUAAUGCUAGUAUUAUCACCACCUGCUGGCGAAGCGCAGUUAUUACAACAUUUAAAAGUUGUACUACUGAAUACAGGUAGAUUUUUAAGAAAGGACAAAAACAUUGAAAAUAUCUAGAGUAGUAUAGCUGGGGCCUGAGACUUUUUGUUUAAACCAAAUGACUAGUUUUGCCCUUCUCUAAACUGAAACAGCCUCUUUCAACUACACCCAAAUUUGUUAAUGACAAAGUGAGUUUCCCAAAUUUCUCAAAAAUCCUGUGUAGUAAUUUAGAAAAGUCAGCAUUUUUGCCAUACUGCCAGCUGAAGCUGCCAUAAAGUAUGUUUAUUCAGAUAUGCCAAAAAAAAAAAUCAUUAAUUAUCCCUGUGCAAGAUGCAUGUGUAAGUUAAAAUGUAGUGUAACAACCUUGUUAAGCCUAAAGAAACACUGUAAUCCCCAACACUUAUUUCUAGCCUAGUUCUCAUAUUUAUUACCACCAUUGUCCAUCCUCUGGGCCCUGACACAUUGAGCUGAUAAGAUUUGUUGGCACGGUAACGUACAGUGAGUCUUGGUAGACCAGACAACUAUUUCUGCCACUCUGAGCCACACUGUCACGCCACUGAAGUCUGACUGCUGUUUUUUCAUGUUUUUGUGUGAUUAUUCUCUGUUUUAUGUUUUGUUUGAAAACUAGGACUAUAUAUUGGAUGAACCACAACAAAUGCAUUGUUUCAUCACCGGUGUCACUAUGGUACUGUAUUCAAUAAAAAAAAAUAAAACCAAACAAAAAAUGAGAGGAGAGAUAGUCACAGGAGGUUGGUCAUCACCUGUAAAGAGAUUUUCUCUCCCAAUGUAACUACUAGGAACUUGUCAAGGAAUAAAAUGUUGCCUUUUUCUUGCACAAAACAGAAAUUUAUGAAGAACCUCUGCAGUGAGGAAUGUGAGAUUGUGUUUAUAUCUCUGAAAUGGACCUGACAAUUUAUGGUAAAUAUGUUGAUUUACUUUGGGUCAGGUAUAUAAAGACAUUUUAAAAAUGAAAGACUGUAUUUGGUCAAUCAACAGCUGUUAAAUGGUUUGAAUCUCUCUAUGGUUAGCCUGCCUUUGUAUUAUAAAGCACUUGUAUGCAGUCUGUGUUCUUCAAGCAUUAUUUCUUGCAGUGUGCUCCAGACAUAAUGCUGUCUCUGUGUUGAUAAAAGCAGUACAUGUAUAUGGGCCAAUCUUUUUUUUAUAUAACUAUGCAUAUAUAAAUACUACAUUGUCCAUAGCUUUAUUUGACCCAUGAAGCUAUACAUAACAUUAGUCAAAGUAAAAGUAGAUGUGGACUUAUCCAGCUUCUUUUCCUUCAGAUGGAUUACAAUGUAUAUGUAGCUAUCAAAAGAAGUCUGUGGAUGCUAUUUUUAUUAUCAAAUAAAGUUUUGCAUACAAAUUCAAAA